AGUUGCAAGAAAAGACAGAGGUAGGAUAAAUGUGACAUUGUUUUCUUCUUCUUUCUACUUGAAUUUUCUGCACUAGAGCCUAGGGUCAAUCUCUAUACCUCUCAGAACUGGAUGCUAACCCUAUAUUUAUCUGAGUCUUAUGCUAAAAAGAUCUAAGCGGCCUGCCUGCUAACCAAAGCGACUCCUUGUUGGUGGUUGAUAGGUGUUGGUCCGAUUCACCUAUGUCAGUUCGAACUUGGUGGGUCGUUCGUUCGUGUCGAGAAUCUCUCUCGUUACUCAGAGUUGAUCCGAUGCGUCAUAGAUAGAAUGGAGUGGGCUAUACGCCGACCCACGUUAAAAGCUUUCUUCUCUUAUGAGAUUUUGGUUCCAGAAGGUAUAGCUCUCGCCUCAGCUUUUUCUUUGAAAUCGGAGACUGUUCCAAUUUCCUUCUGAGAUAGGCAAGCGGAGGGAGAACUAGACGUAUCUUGCUAGGCAAAGACAGGUUAGAAUGGAUAGCUCGCGGGUGGGAUUGACGGGAUAGAUCACUAUUGCAGAAGGAGGUAGAACCGGGGGAAGAAUUAUGGCCGUAGGUUUGCAUACACUCUACACUCUACGGAUUCGAUGGCUGUUGUUGUUAUUCCUAAAACUCAAAGUAUUUAUAUAUUACUCAGGAAAUAGAAUAAAAAUUCUGCCCCCCUAUUACGCAAGUGUGCAGAAACUAAGCUACAAAUAAAGAACCUGUUUUGUAUAAGUAUUUAGUUCAAACAGUUAUAAUUGUGAAGUGCAGAAUAGUAAUGGACACAAAAUUUAAUGUGAAAAAUCAUUUGGCUCAGAAGGUGUAAAAUCAGGAUGUAUCCAGUAAGAUUUAACAUGAAAAAACACCUAUCCACCUGGCUCAAAAGGUGUAAAAAUCGUCAAGUACACAGUAGGAUUUAACUUGAAAAAUCAAUCGGCUUUACAAGUGUAAAAACCGCAACCUAAAUCAAGGAUUCACUGCUUAGCGGGAUUUGUUAACAAUUAGAGGGAACUGAAAUAAGGAGAUGGCCAUGGAGUGUGGCAAAGUGAUAGGCGCCAUGAACUUUGUGAGGGACGUCCAACAUUUUGAUAUGUCGACGUUUCAUCAACUGGAGGAUGCUAGAAAUAAUCUAGAACAUGCAGCUGGAUUUCUGAGAAAACUGGAGAAGAGAUCCCCGGAGAAUACGAUAUCAACAUAUCUUAGGCCCCUAUUUCUAGAAGCUCUUGAUGGUUUGUCUGCAAUAUCUUCUCACAUGAAGGAUCAAGGCCAGAAGAGUGACAUCGUUGAAAGGAUUUCGAAGGUGCUGAAAAUAAUCAAAUUGAAGAACAUUGCUGAGCGAAUCAAAGCUUCAAAACCAUCAAGAUCAUCUAGCCAAGUCACUCUGGAGAUGGUGGAGUUUGUCAAAUCUUUGCUUGUUUCUGUUCAUCAUGCACUGUUCUUUAUUAGUGCAGAUGCUCAUGUGUCUGUUCUUGUCAAGAAGCUGGAUAUACGAGGCUUCUUCACGUUUAUUGCAAAGCAGUGCAUUGAGCAUGAGAGUAUGAAGGAUUUCUUCACCCAUGCUGAGGAUGUAGCUUACACUGCAGCAUACCUAUGUUUCUUAGGCUUGAACGGCACUAUGGAUACUGAUAUCUCUAAAUUUCUGAAAAGGAUAAGUCCUUUUAGCCCUGAUGUGAGGCAGAUUUAUCUGAGUGUCUUGAUGGGGUUAAAUUCAUUCAGAUCAGAGACUACAAUGAAUGCCAAAUAUAUGUUUGAUUUUGUUAGUGCCCUCCGUAAUGAUCUGGAAGAGCUACUAAGCAAUGUUCAUCAAAGUCCGUGCAUUCGUCUCCAACAAGGACUUUCACACCUUUCUAGAUUUCUCUGGGACAUAAAAUCAGAUCCAUUUCCACUUGGAGAAUUGAUUUCUCUUCAAUCACAGAUGCAAGCUGUGGCCAUUGAGGCAGCGAUUGCAAUCUACACCUCAUAUGAUGAGAAAGUGAAAAUGAAGACUACUGAAACAGACCAUUUGCCUUUUAUUUUGCAACUGAAGUUAAAUCAUGUCAAGGUAGAAGUCUCCCUGAUUAAGCUACUGAAAAGUAAACCCACUGUAAUAGCUCCUCUAAAAGAUCUGAUUGAUUGUGUUCGGGAAGAGCUGAUAUUCAUGAAUUUUUUUUUCAUGGAUGCAUUUGAGCAGUGCAAAGAGCAAACUAACGUCACUGAAUUUUUCAAUCUUAUUCAAUCUGUAACUAGCCAAGCAUGGUUGGUCAUUUAUUCUCUUUAUCGUGACAUAAAGAAAGAAGGCUUAGCCAGGGAAAUUAGUUGGUCACAUUUUCAGUUGCUUCUUAAGUUCAGGUUUAUUAGGGCAGUGAUUGGACAGAUAUGUCCCAGAAUUUCUGUGUCAUCAAUACUGGACCAUCCCACAAUAAAUCUGUUGAACUUUCUUCCUCUCAACUUUAAGGUCCUUGAUUCUUAUUUCAGCAUGCUAAAAUCAUCAACGAUAGAUUCUUCCGAUAGCCCGAUGAUGGAUUUGGUUUUGAUGGGGUUUCAUGAAUAUAUUCUUGACAACCUGCAACUGAAGAAUGAAACCAGUUUGACAUUUACUAAUACAAAUGAGGUUAAAAAGUUUUACUAUGGAUUGUUGCUCCUGGUAACAUAUCUUUUUGAUCCUCUAGUUCAGUGUAGUGGAUUUGGAACUAUCGAAAUUGAGGCUGCUGGUGAUAGUAACAGAAAUAGAAGGGUCAGUCUUGUUCUUCAGUAUUUGACUGUAGCUUUAAAGCUUAUUGAGCCUGAGGAAACCUUGAUGGAUAUGCUAACCAAGGCCACAUUGAAAGCUCCAAUACUGGAUAUGGUUGAAAGUGCUCAUGAAGAGCUUAUUUUCCUCAGAGCUUUUCUAAUGGAUGUUCUCAGGCAACAGAUGAAGCUUAACAAAUAUCAUCAUCUCUUGAGGAAUGUUGAGGAGACUGCCAACAAGUUAGCACAACUCAGUCGUUUUCGUAAUGAAAGAUUCAUGGACGAAAACAGCACCUGGGAAGUGUGUCUUAUAUUGUCUGAUUUCCUAUAUGAUAUUAAGUUUAUCAAGGUAGAAAUUAGAAAGGUAUGCAUUCAGGUCUUGGAUGCAUCACUUAUGACUUUGCCAGAUAUCAAAGGCCUUUUAAACUUUUUAUCAAACCGCCUGGACACAGUGCUUGACUGUGAUGCUGGUUCGAUUGCUUUUCUGAUGAAUCGAAGUAGAGUUCUCAAAGAGAAACUUAUGUACUUGGGACACUUUCUUGCAGAUGUUGUACAACACUACAAUAUGCAUCAAGGACUCAAAGACCUCAUGAAACAUGUUCUAGAUACCAAGUAUGUCUGUUUAUUGUCUGUUGGGGAUUAUAAAUCUGCUUGGUAUUACAUGUUAUCUCUCUCCGAUAUGAAGCAAUUGCUUAAGUUUGUUGAGACAGAGGUCAAAACAAUUAUUCCUAAAGCUCCAGAGUCAUCAAGUUAUAGCUUCCCCAAGACAAAUGGAUUAGGAUUUCUUCAAUUUUUUCUAGGAAACUUGGAGGAGCUGUUAUGUUCUAAGCUCGAUUCCGUUAUUGACUGGAAGGAUCAGAUUGGAUCAGUCAAGGAAGGCAUACUGUGUCUAAGAGAUCAUUUCGCUGAGAACUUUGAUGAGCUAGAUGAAGUUUAUGGUUUUAUAUUGAAGGUCACUGAAAUGGCAUAUAAAGCAGAGUUUGUCAUUGACUCCUGCUUAGUCAGUUCUCAUCCACUCUGGUACAAAUCUCAUCGAAUGUCUGAAGUUCUUAAGAAUAUCAAGCUUUUAAAUAAAGCUGUUACUGAGACUUAUGAAAGAAAGGAGAUAGAUGUGAUAGUGAACAAAGUUGCAAAGACCUCCAUGAAUCCUGUGGCAUCCUUAUUAGCUUAUACGCCAAGAGAAAAUGAAGAAAUGGAGGGCUUUCACGAGGCAAUGGAUAAAAUUAAGAGGCAACUACUUCGAAGAUCUUCUCAGCUAGAUAUUAUCUCCAUAGUUGGUAUGCCUGGAAUCGGCAAGACCUUUCUGGCUGAGAAGAUUUACAAUAAUCUCAUAGUUACCCCUCACUUUGAUGUUCACGCUAAGUGUCGUGUGACUCAACUAUAUUCAUGGAAAGAGUUGUUGCUUACCAUCUUGAAUGAUGUUCUUGAUCCCGCUGAUCGCACUGGAAAAGAAGAUGGUGAAUUAGCUACUGAGCUGCGUCAAGUUUUGUUAACCAAGAGAUUCUUAAUUCUCGUUGAUGAUGUGUGGGAUAAAACAGUCUGGGACCAUUUAUAUAUGUGCUUCAGAGAUGCUAAGAAUGGUAGUAGAAUUAUUCUAACUACCCGGCUGAGUGACAUUGCCAAUUAUGCUAAAUGUAAGAGUGAACCCCAUCAUCUUCGUUUAUUCAGAGAUGAUGAGAGUUGGACAUUAUUACAAGAAGAGGUGUUUCAAGGGGAGAGCUGUCCAACUGAACUUGUAGAUGUGGGAUUUCGAAUAGCAAAAAGUUGUGGAGGAUUGCCACUUUCCAUUGUAUUAGUUGGUGGUGUUCUAAAAGAGAAAGAGAAGAAAGAAGAUUUGUGGAAAGAAGUAGAAGAAAGUUUAGGUUCCAAAAAUAUUGGUAGCUUGCAAAAGAGUAUGUCUUUAAUUGGAUUCAGUUAUAAGAAUUUACCGCAUCAUCUGAAGCCUUGUUUCCUCUAUUUUGGAGGAUUUUUUAAGGGGAAGGAUAUUCAUGUCUCAAAAUUGACUCGGUUGUGGCAAGCAGAAGGGUUUGUACAAGCAAAUAAGGAAAAAAGAACAGAUACCGCACACGAUUUCUUGGAAGAUCUUAUUAGUAGAAAUCUAGUAAUGGUCAUGAAGGAGAGACCUAAUGAUAAGGUGAAAAGUUGUCGCAUUCAUGAUCUCUUGCACAAUUUCUGCCUAGAAAAGUCCAAGCAAGAAAACUUCCUUAACCAAAUGAACAGGGGAGAAGAUAUGCUUCCUGAAAAACCUCAAGACUACCGAUUGUUCAUCCAUUCUUACCAAGAUGAGAUUGAUUCGUGGCGUCCAUGUGGCUCAAAUGUCCGUUCUUUACAAUUCAAAGUGGCAGACCCGGAUAGCUUGUUAUGGCCUCGUGAUAUCUCCUUCAUCUUUGACAGCUUCAAACUUGUUAAAGUGUUGGAUUUGGAAUCGUUCAACAUAGGUGGCACUUUUCCUAGUGAAGUAGAGUCAUUAAUUCAUUUGAGGUACUUUGCUGUUCAAACAUAUGCAAAUUCAAUUCCUUCGUUUAUAGCUAAGCUUCGGAAUCUUGAAACUUUUGUGGUAAGAGGAUUGGGAGGAGAGGUGAUAAUACCUUCUUCUAUUCUAAAGAUGGUCAAAUUGAGGCAUUUACUUGUAAAAAAUCGUGCUUCAUUUAGUUUGCAAGGAAACAUGGGUGAAUCAUUUUCUAACUCUCAAUUAGAUUAUUUGGAAACCUUUUCCACUCCACGCCUCUCUUAUGGUCAAGAUGCAGAGAUGAUUUUGACAAAGAUGCCAAAUUUGAGAAAGUUGAAUUGUAUAUUUUUGGAGACAUUUAGUUAUUUAGAGAAAUUGAAGGGAAGGUGUGUUCGUUUUCCCACAUUAGAGUUUCUAAGUCACCUUGAAUCCCUAAAGUUGGUUUCCAACUGCUAUCCAUCUAAGCUUCCUCAUGUGUUCAAUUUCCCCUCAAAACUAAGGGAAUUGACUUUGUCUAAGUUUCGCUUACCCUGGUACGAAAUUUCUAUCGUUGGAGAACUGCCUAACUUGGAGAUCCUAAGGUUGCUUUCCAGAGCCUUCGAAGGGAAUGAAUGGGAAGUGAAUGAUUCAGAAUUUCGUGUACUCAAAUACUUAAAUUUGGACAACAUCAACAUUUCACAGUGGUCCCUCUCUAAUGAUGCUUUUCCUAAGCUUGAACAUUUGGUUUUAACCAAGUGUAAGCAGCUUGAGGAAAUCCCUUCUCAUUUUGGUGAUGCCGUAACUCUGAAAAGCAUUGAAGUAAACAGGUGUGGCCGGUCUGUUUCCAAUUCAGCCUUGGAAAUUCAAACUGCGCAACAUGAAGACAUGGCAAAUGAUGCUUUCACAGUUACAAUACAGCCUCCAGAUUGGGCUAGAAAACCAUUUGCUUGACUCGUUUCUGCUUUCUCACCUGCAUAUCAUUAAACGAGAGAGAGUUGAAGUAUGCGAGCCUUGUAAACUACAUGUACACACCACUAGCUAGCAAUAUUCCAUAUAGUCUAACAAUCAAACAUUAAAAUAAAAUAUUUUAUUUUAAUGUUUGAUUGUUAGACUGGUCAAGGCGGAAGAAGAUAGCACAAGGUACAGCGAGAGGGCUAGUUUACUUGCAUGAGCAGUGUGAUCCCAAAAUUAUCCAUCGUGAUGUCAAAGCAGCAUACAUUCUGUUGGAUGAAGAAUUUGAGGCAGUAGUUGGUGAUUUUGGAUUGGCAAAGCUCUUGGAUCACUGCGAUUCUCAUGUGACAACUGCUGUUAGGGGCACCAUUGGCCACAUUGCUCCAGAAUAUUUGUCUACUGGCCAAUCGUCUGAAAAAACUGACGUUUUUGGGUUUGGAAUCUUGCUACUUGAGCUGAUUACAGGUCAGAAAGCUAUGGACUUUGGUCGAGGGGCCAACCAGAAAGGUGUUGUUAUGCUUGAUUGGAAAAACAAUAUGUGUUGAUGUGAAUGCAAGCGAAUAAUCAAGAAAAAAUAUGAAUCAAGUUGUUGUAGAAUCAUACAUGUGUUCAGGGGAACAUAUAUACUUGCUACUCAUGGUUUAGCAACUACAUAGGAGAAGCAAAUGCAAGCUUUCGACCAAAUGGUCUACUUUACCUCAAUUCACCAUUUUGAACCUUAUACAAAAGAUUUUUCCGUACUGUGAUGUGAAGUAAGAUUAUAUCAUUGCAGGUUGUAAAAACUCUAUGAUGCUACUUAAUUUUGUUGAAAGAAGCAAGAAACGCUCGUAAAUUGAACUUGUUAGUUGGAACACAAUCAUACAAGUU